GAACGGGGUGGUGGGGAAGAGAGCGGCGUUUUUGAGGGGGGUGUUGGGGCCGAGGGCGUGGUUGGCCUUUACACAAUUGUCGGCGGACCGGCAGUUUGCACACCUCGGGCUAAUGCUGCUUGGGGUGUUGGCGCAGGUGGACCAGGCCGUUGCACCGUUCGCUCCGGUACCCAUCGAUUCGCCGGAUGUGGCGGAGGUCAAGGGGGAAGCAGCAGUGAGUGUUCAGUUGGCUGGGAAGAACGGUGUCACGGGGGAGGAUAUAGCAGACCCAGACUUGGAUAUGGCCAUGGACGCAGAUAUGGGCGUGGCCGUCUCGAGAGAAGAGGUCAUGCUAUCCAUCGAGCAGGACGCAACGGGCAAGCCCCCAGCCCCAUUACCAGCGCCUCCACGGCCAGCAGGACAACUCCAUCCACGAUCCAUAUCCCUCCCGAUCAACCCCCCACCAAAACGAAAACUACCCGGCCAAGCCGCCCUCUCAAGAACUGAGCCGCCCAGCAAAGAGAGCAGCACCAACCCAGACCCAACAAAACCCAAAAAACACGCAAGGAGAAACAACCACGGGUUCGACAACAUCUUCGGCUCGUCCGGGGAAGAAGACACCGCCCCAGCGCCAACCACCGUCACCAAGAAAAAGAAAGCCAGCAAAGAACCCACAGACAGCACCACCGGCAGCCCACCCCCAGACAAGCCGCGACCGCAGAAGAAGAAGAAAAAGACGCGCGAGGACGACGGAGGUGGCGACGAGUUCGACGACAUUUUUGGCUCGCUGGACGGCAAGAGCAAGAAGCCCAAGAAGAAGAAGCGGAAGAAGGGGGAUGAGUUUGAUGAUAUCUUUGGGGGGUUGUAAUGUAAUUAUCUAUCAUACAUGUUUUGGUCUGCUUGGGUUAAGUUCGCUAGGGAUCGCACUUGGAGCUAGCGGGUUCAUGAUGGGGGGUUGUGGGAAAGGAGUAGGGUGGUGGUUAUGGGGCUGUUAAUGGAGAAUGUAUGGGAGAUAUGUACUUGAGAUAUGGAAUACCCACAUACAUAUGCAGCACAAUGCACGGGUAGAGCAGAGCAGCAGAACACCUGUCUGACAAAUUGUCAAUUAGAACUGGCCUGCAUGGUGUAAGCUAGGUGUACGUUACUGGACUACCCUACAUAACCGAC